AUGGCGGCCGUAAUGCCCAGCACGGCAUACACGCCGCACCCUAGCAAAAUGAUGAAAGCAGCGCAGUGGAUGGGCCCACAAAACGUCGAAGUGGGAGUCGUACCCAAGCCGAAGCUCACAGACCCCAGCGACGCCCUCGUCCAAAUCACCCACUGCACGAUCUCCGGCUCCGACAUCCACCUCUACGAGGGCGAGCUCAAAGACGCAAUGGAAAAAGGCGACAUCCUCGGCCAAGAAGCCAUCGGCCUUGUCGAAGAAGUCGGGCCGAAGGUCAACACCCUCAAACCCGGCGACCGGGUUAUCAUCCUACCGGUGAUCUCAUGUGGUAGCUGCGAGUAUUGCCAGCGACAGGAGUACUCACUCUGCGACAACACAAACCCAUCCAAGGAAAUGGAAGCCGCGUACGGGCACCGUCUCGGCGGGAAGCUGGGCUACAGCCGGCUCUGUGGCGGGUAUCCAGGCGACCAGGCGGAGUACUGCCGCGUGCCGCAUGCAGACCUGACGUGUGUCAAGGCGCCGGAUAAUAUCGAUGCGCGGCAAUUGCUGGGUUUGACGAACGUCGUCACCACGGCGUGGCAUGCGCUGGAGCUGGCUGAGGUGCAGGAUGGUGAUGUGGUGGGUGUGUGGGGUUGUGGGCCUAUUGGACUCGCUGCACAGCGACUGGCGAAGCUCCGUGGGGCGAAGAGAGUCUAUGCCAUGGAUAAGGAUGCGCAGAGACUGCGGAUUGCGGAGGAUUUUGGCAUGAUCCCUGUUGAUGUGGAUGGUCAUCCGGAUGUGGCUGAGUACAUUCUGUCGAUUCAGGACCAUGGCCUUGAUCGGUCCAUUGAAGCGAGUGGGUACCGUAGUUCGCAGAAACCCGAGUAUCCGGCUAUGCGGGCGAUCGGGCUCGAGAGGGAUAGUAGUGAUACCUUAUCGGCGAUCAUCAAGGCAACCCGCAAGGGUGGGAAUGUGGCAUUGGUUGGGGAUUUCUUUUUUACGACGCAUGAUUUCCCGAUUGGGCCUUUGAUGCAGAAAGCGCUGACAGUCCGUGGUGGUCAAACGUGGCCGCAAAAGGUAGGUUGGGUUCUUUUCUUCCAGUUUGGAUUAAUAUCUUACCAAGUGCAGUAUUAUCCGUUCUUAAUGGAUCUAGUGGUGCAAGGCAAACUCGAUACAUCGUGGAUGUUCACGUAUGUGGAUGAAUUCGAGAACAUCGCGGAGAUGUACGAAAAGUUCUCGCAGCACGAGGUCCCAGGCAAACUGAAAGUGUGCUUAGUGACGGCCUUUGGACGCAGUGAACAAAUGCAAUCCUACAGCGACCUGCCUGUCCAUCGCGGGUUGGGCUCUGAUAGUGAAGAGUAG